AUGUCGAACCCCACGCCGCCACCGUUUGGUCCACGCGAGGCCGCGCUGGCAGAGGUCCUCGCCCGUGGGAACAUUGACGACUCGUUAGCCGCACUCGACGAGUACGCGUGGCGCUCUCUCCUCGCGGGCCUCCGCGUCCGGGAAUACUGUGCUGCUGCAAGCUACGCAGUCCGCUGUGCACCGCCCACCGGUAUUCGGUUAGCACUCGUGCACUCGCCAACACGUCUCUUGUUCCCCUUCGCGCUCCCAGCCGGAGCACCGGCCGCGCCCGCGCCGAACAGUUUCAUUCCGCCUCACGCGUUCCCCCAUCUCACUCGCCGCCAGCUUGUCGAGUCGUUCGUGCGCCUCGCCCGCGAGAACCUCCUGCAUCCAGUCAUCGAAGCGCACGUCCACGAACUCACCCUCGAGUACGUCCGCCGGCGGUGGCGCGGCGAAAGCGGAGCUGUGGAAUCGAUCGCCCGGAAACUGGCAGAAGUUGAGCUUGAGGUUAUCCAGACAGAGCCGUUCGCCUCCGCGGCCGUCAUCAACGCCCUCAACGAUGUCCGCUUCCAGCUUGGCCUCGUCAAUAUCGUGCACCUCGUGGGCCGGCUCGGGGCGCAGGGGACGUCCCGAUCGGCAGGAGAUGCGACGCACCUUUUGUGUGCGUGGGUUGUUCGUCGCCUCAGUUCUGGAAUGGAACCCCAGACAGUGGCCGACCAUCUGUCUGCGAUGCGAGAGCGGCUUCCAGAGCCCGCUGGCGAUGUCCUCCCGGAUGUCCUCGCACUCUUUUGUCUAGACGGGCGUCCGCCUCGCACCUCCGCAACGGUUACCGAAGACACCCGUGCCCGACCUCGCACACUGUCUCGUAUCUCCCUCCGUGCAACCAAGCGACGGACGUUACCUCUUCCACUGUGGCUCUCGCCAAAGGCCAGCCCUAACCUCAAGCUCCCACCGCUCGAUAGUAAUCGCCGGCCGUCCUUACCGGCGCUGCUCCUCCCAGCCACGCCGCCUCGCUCGAACGAUUCGGAGGGGAGCCCGCGCCAGGGCACUCCGACCAGCGACUCGUCGUCACCAUGCUCGACGCUGGGAACGUACGAUUCCCCGACGUUCCCGAAUUCCUCACUGCCUUCCCUCUCUUUUCAGCCUCACAAGUCGUCGUCACCCUACCAAUCUACGCCUGACCUCAACUCUCUCGGCCUCACCCACUGGCCUCUGGAGCGCACAAUUCUCGUCGACCAUCUCCUCAUCCUCCGCUACCGUCUUGCCGCCGACGUCGAUAGCUGGUACCUCGGAGUCGGGCGCGACAAGGCUGCCGACCUCCUCAUCGCCGUCGAGUCUGCUGGCGAAAGGGAUACGACGGGGGUCGUUGCGCAGCUCCGGUAUGCGUUUGGUCUCCCCGUCAUUGUCAUCCCCAUAAGCCGCACAGUGUCUCCUGAAGAGGACUCGGCCAUGUCGUUACACCAGCGCGACGUGUCGUUCGACCUCGAGCAGUACCUCGACGACAUCACACCUGUCGAGGGGGGGAGCAAGGCGCCGCAUGGCGCCUCACCUCUGUCCAAGCCUUCCACUUCGGCAUCGCACCUUGUUGACCUGUACAACGCCAGGGCGUCGAUCUCGACAAUCAGCAGUGCGCUCACCAUCGACUCGACAGCGACCAUGACCUCGUUGAGCGACAGCCUCUCGGUGAGUUCGUUCUCCAUCCACGAAGCGAGGCGCGAGCUCCCAUUGUCGGCCAAGGCAACAACCUUUCGAGUCCCAGACCGGCAGCGCGUCAAGUCGUUGGACGACGCCGGAUUCCCUUCGCCGCUCUCCCCGUAUCCACGGUUCGCCAAGUCGAUGCCUGACGUGAACGACACAUACACACGCAUCCCAGACCGGACACACCGCCCACGCUCCACCAAGGACUUCCGCCUCCUUCCCGCAUUCGACGUCGAGGCGCAACACGCCGACUGUGAGCAUGGGGUCGUAACUGAUGCUGGACACUCCCCACUCGAGCGCACGUCCACGUUGGUCAAAGGCUACACCUUCCCUCCUCGAAAGCCGCCGCGCACUAUCCCCUUAGUUGGGGAGCUGUCGCCUCGCCGUCCCUCCCUUGACGAGGGUGACCGCUCGCGCCGGCAAAAGUUCCGCCAGUGCGUCAUCGUGGAUGGGACUCGCGUUUCGCCGUACGCCUCGCCCAAGACAGAGCCUCAAGACCUCACUGCCUUUGGCGCUAUCCUAACCCUGUUCCAACCAGGCGCCGACAGCAGCACCGAGGCCGUCGAGCGUACCCUUCUCAAAGCUGUCAAGAACGAGGAGCGGCGGCUAGGUGCAUUGGGAGAGGUGUUCGAUGCCGAAGCACGGGCGCGUCUGGCAUGGCUGCUCGAGCAAGUUGGGCAGGAGAUCGCUCGUCCCGACCUCGUCUGUGCCGUUGACCGCGUGUUAUACACCAUCUCGUCGCCGACUCGGCCUCUUUGGCGGACACCGUCCACGUACAAAGUCUCCACUCCCCGCAACCGGAUGUCGCAACAGAUCCGGUCUUCAGCGAGUACGAAGCCUCUCAGCAUCGUUGUCCCACCCAGGGAACACGCUGGUAUCGAGCUCGAGGUUGACUUGCCCUCUGUGGCCUCAGCGACGCUGCUCACCUUUGGUCGCAGCCGCUCCACCAGCCCCUCCAUUGCCGAGAGCGACGAGGACUCGCUCGAGUGCGACGCCACUCCAACCAUGCCAGCCUACCCGCUCGGCACGCCGCCGUUACGCAUUCGCCGCGCGUACCCGAAGCGCUACUCACCAUUGAACCUGCACCGCCGCUCGGCCCUCCGCCACCGCACAAUCCACCCGCACUCCUCGACCUCGCCCUCGCCAACCGACACCCCCACGACCAGUCACAACACCACUCCGACUGCGUCGCUCUCACCGCUGGCCACGCCAUCGAAUUACCAGACACCUCGCGCAUACACGCCCGCGAGCAUGAACCCUAUAGUAUGCACGGACACGUCGCUCAAACCGCGCCCAAUCUCGCCUCCAUCCCAACGCCUUGCUCACGCUGUUCACGCUGUUCACGCUUUAUGA